AUGCAUCUUCAUAAGGAGCAACCUAUGAGUAAUCAAUCCUUGGUUACAGAGUUCUUGCUAAUGAACUUCUCAGAGACUCAGGAACUGCGUAUUCUACACUUCCUUUUGUUCCUGGUAUUGUACUUGGCAACUCUAACAGGGAAUCUUCUCAUCAUCUCUGCAGUAGCCUUUGACCAUCACCUGCACACCCCCAUGUACUUCUUUCUCAUGAACCUAGCUAUUAUUGACCUUAGUUCCGUUUCAGUCAUUAUUCCCAAGUCCAUGGCCAAUAUCCUCAUGAAUAGUAGACACAUUUCUUAUUCAGGAUGCGUUGCUCAAGUCUUCCUGCUUAUCUUUUUUGUAGGAUUUGACUUCUUCCUCCUCACAGUCAUGGCAUAUGAUCGGUAUGUUGCCAUUUGUAAUCCACUACACUAUCAGAUGGUGAUGAACAGGAAAGCCUGCACUGAAAUGGUUGCUCUGGUUUGUAUCAGUAGCAUUUUGUAUGGCAGCUUACACACCAGUGGCACCUUUGCAACUCCCUUUUGCUCCAAUAUUGUCAAUCAGUUUUUCUGUGAAAUUCCACAUCUGCUCAAGCUCACCUGCUCUGACAUAAAUGAAGUUGAAAUGGGAGUGCUUAUAGUGAGUGUUGUCUUUACAUUAGGCUGCUUUGUUUUUGUUAUUGUCACCUAUGUGUACAUCUUCACUGCAGUGUUAAGAAUUCCCUCUGUGCAGGGAAGGAAAAAAGCCUUCUCAACUUGCCUUCCCCACCUCAUUGUCUUUUCCACAUUAGUACUCUCUGCAUGCUUUGCCUACCUCAGACCAACCUCUAAUGCUCCAUCAUAUUUUGAUUUGGCAAUCACCAUGAUCUAUUCCAUGGUUCCACCCUUGUUGAAUCCAGUGAUCUACAGCAUGAGAAACAAGGAGAUCAAAAUUGCUUUAUCAAAACUGUUGGGGAGAAAGGAGUUGGUGACAGACAUUUGUCUGGCUGAGUUCAUGGAAAAAAUUCUCUGUGAAUUAUUGACAUUGGCUUCCAGUGUUCUACUUGAUAUUGAGCUAGCAUAUCAUGUUCCUAGCUCUAUGUGA